AUGGCUUCAGGUGGAGCAGAGGAAGACGAUGGAGGCAUUCCAUUGGACAUCGACAACGUGCACAUGCUCCUCCAAGUGGAGCAUGAGCAGAUUCAGAAACGAACAUUCACCAACUGGAUAAACGCUCAACUGGCUAAGCGAUGCCCUCCCUCAUCUGUGUCAGACCUCUUCUCUGACCUCAGAGAUGGAUCACAGCUGCUGGACCUGUUGGAGGUGAUGAGUAGCCAACCCAUGAAAAGACAAAGAGGCCGAGGGGUUUUCCAGCAGAGGGCCAACAUUGAGACAGCACUGAACUUUCUCAAGAGAAAAUCUAUCAAAUUGGUCAAUAUAAACAUCCCGGAUAUCAUAGAUGGGCGACCCUCCAUCAUCCUCGGACUCAUAUGGACCAUCAUCCUCCACUGUCAUAUCGAAGAGUUGGCCAGCACUCUCUCCUACAGUUCGUGUCAUUCCUCCCUCGACUCUCUGGCCAGUCUGGACUUCUGGUCUGGCAGUCCAGUCCCGGCUAGUCCGGCCCCCGCAGGCCGGACGUCGCCUCUCCACACACGCUUUCGACUAUCUGCCAAGAAGGCCCUGCUCAUGUGGGUCAGGGACCAGUGCCUAAAGGUUGGUUGCUCCAUCGGUGUGAAGAACUUCAAGUCGAGCUGGAGAAGUGGGGAGGCCUUCUUGGCCAUCCUGUGUUCCCUCAGACCACAGCUGGCGGAUCUCUCACUGGUCCAGUUGAGAAGCAACCAGGAGAACCUGGAAGAGGUGUUUCACCUCGCUGAGCGGGAGCUCCACAUCCCCCGUCUGCUGGAGCCCCAGGACGUUGACGUUAAAGACCCUGAUGAGAAGUCCAUUAUGACGUAUGUGGCCCAGUUUCUACAAUACUCUAAUGACAUGCCAGCACCCGAUGACCAUCUGCAGCUGUUUCCUCUGGUCCAGCCCUUUCCUCUCUCACCUGUGAACUCGCCCGCUCACUUCCCUCCAGCACUUGCUGUCUCACCAGUACGUCAGGUCUCUUUAAGUGAGCGAGCACUAGAGGUGACUUCCUGGCUGCAGCGAGCCUACCAGGAGCUGUCAGAGGCACGGACGGCUACAGAGCAAUCAAGCUUUGCAGAAAAAUAUCAUGUGUUUCAGAACCUCGGAGGCUCCUUCACGGAGCAAAGGAGACCAGUGAUGACCCUCCUUGCUGCCAUAAGACGCCGCCCCGAGCUGAGCCUCGAGCAAUGUGCUCUCAGGACAGCGUGGGAUCGUCUGCAACAGGAGCUGCAAAGUUGUAAAGUAGACCUUGACUCAAGCCUUCCUCCUCCUCUGGACUCAGUCGUCGUGUGGCUGCAGCGUGCGGAGGCAGCGCUUACAGAAGAGGGAGGAAGAGUGAAAGAUCACGCAGAUGCUGCGAAAGAAGCGAGAGCGCAACAAGACACACACAAGACUUUAAUUAAGGAGAUGAGCCACUUCGUCAAUACCCUUGAUACCUUCCACAACAUGGAUGACUUAGGAAACGUACUCGUGCCCCUUGAAAGGUUUAAUGAGAUAAAAAGACGCUUAACUGAUAUCCGAGUCACCGCCAAGUAUCAAGGGAUCAAGUUGGAAUACCAGGAACACCGUCACACUGUACUGGAUCUCUUGGGCCGCAUCAGUGCUAAACGUUUGACCUGGAAAGCUCCCUACAGAUCUCAGGAGACUGUGCUUCUGCUUCUGCAGGACUGGCAUGAAACGGUGGAGCGCCAUGGCCUGCUUUUAAUUCUGAUGGACGCCCUCCAAAACCUGAAGGAGAAGGCGGAUACUUACACCAGCAAGGCAGCACUAGGUGAAGAUUCCCAGCUUGUUACUCGUCAGGUGAAGGAAGCAGAAAGUGACGCUGAGCUGGCCACGCAGGCCGUGAUGGCUGCGAGAGGGAUGAUGGAGAGAGCGCUGUCUGCUUGGGAAACUUACAACCAGUGCCUGACGUCUCUCCAGACAUGGCUGGCCCAGAAGACACUUUCACACGCCCAGUCUCCUCCUGUGGGGACACAGGACAUGAGUGAGCGGGCGUCAUGUCAGGCCAAGUUAAACGAGGCGGGGAACGUCCUCAUUGAAGUGACAGCAUCUUCAACCAGCCGCGCUCUGGCCGAGCAACUCGGCAAGGUCAACAUGAAGUGGGCUGAAUGCAUGAAGAGGAUGAAGUUUGAAGUAUCAUCGGAGCCCAGUGUUGGUCCCCCGUGUCUUCAGGUGGUGCGUUCACUGACCCAGGAGGCCAGCAGUCUGCUGAGGCAGCCUCUGGAGGUAGCCUCAGUCCCACUGAAGGCUAACAGGCAGAAACUACAGCUACUGAGUAAAAAGAUGGCCGAGAUGGAUCUUUCAUCUCUCCCUCCAUCCCCGUACUUUCAAACAAGCAACACGGAGAACCUCCAGCAAAAUCUCCCACAGAUGCUUGAUGAGGCAGAGAGGACCUGUGGAGAGCUGCAGCGGGCUGCGUCCAGGCUGGAGGGCCGUCUGGCUGAGCUGGACCACUGGAGCACAGAGGCUACGGACUGUUACCAGCACCUAAGGGAGAAAAGGCACAGAGGACGCUCUGCAUUGGAAUCUGCAGCCAAAGUGCUGAUCCCUCGAGGUGUGCAGCUGGAGAACCAGGUUGCAACUGAGGGACAGGAUCUGCAGGACCUUGUGGCACGAGUACAGAAAAGCUCUCCUCUGCAGCACCUCAGCACCUCCGGCACGCAGGACAGGAUCUCAGAGGCCGUCUCCCACUGCCAGGAGAUUCUUGGAAUGUUUAGUUACAUUGGGGUUCUGCAACACGUCAACGCAGCCCAUCAGACACAGAGACAGCCAGAGGCAGGGUUCUUUGUUGUGGCCAAAACCAAAUUUGUAGACCCGAUUGGGAAUGUUAUGUUCACCCAGGACCCAAAUCUGGUUUCACCUGAGACUUCACCUGAGACGCCUCGACAAAUGACGAGAGGUGAAACCGCCAUUGUUAAACCCCGCGUUGAAAUCCAAAUGCUUCCCCGGCCGCCGAGGGAACCGCGGCCUCAUAUUCAGACUCCUCUUGCUCACACUGCAAAAGAAGCUGAACCUGAGCCCGUGGUCCCGCCUCAGUCACUUUCCAAGUGUCACGCUCAAGCUUCAAGCCGGAGUCGACAUGAUCAAGUUCUGCCUGCUUCGAUGCAAACUCCUGUUGCACCAAGGUGUGAAAAAGGUCCAGUUCUGUCUCAACAUGUGACAAGUCCAGUCCCGGAGGAAGAGGGAAGCUCAUCUCCCUCACAAACCCGUACAUGGAAACCUAGAAUAAGAGGGCAGCCAAGUGCUCAAACAUCUCCACAGCGGCCGGUUAUGAUCCACAGUGAAGUUCAUUCAAAAGCCCACUCAAUGGCGAGGAGCAGACUGGAGAAGGCCAGGUUUCGUCUGAAAGGACGCAUCCAGCAAGCCAUCAAGUUAUUCGGUGGCAAAGAGAUUUCAGAGUCACAGGCCAAGAGGAAACAGAUAGCUUUAAAGAUUCUGCAGCCUGCCAUCCUCAAUGAGUUCCUGGGUGCUGUUGAGGGUUUUGGGGCCUUUUGUACAGGGUCCCAACUCCAGGACUUGAUGCUCCUCUCAGCCUCAGUCAGAAAGCAGUGGGAGGAUGUAGGCAGAGAAAUGGCCGCUUUUGUUCCCAUCCUGUGGUCUAAGAUCAGAGAGGGAAAGCAUUCCUCUUCUGUCGAGCAACGUGAAACUAACGCUCUGCACGAAGCCCAUGACCAGAAUGACCGUGACUCUUUGCUACAGCAACAGGCCGUCACGGACGGAGCUGCAUCUGUUGAGGUUGAAUCCCUCCGGGAGCUGUGUGAAACACUAACACCGGGGCAAUCCUCCUGCCUAGCAACAGAUACACUGAAGGAGUCAGAUGAAGAUCAGGAAACACAACCCAGUGACACAGUGCUCCCGUCUGACUGUGGCCGGCAGCUCUGGGGAAACACCCCGCUGGGAGCGACCGGCGUGUCGGCCGACACACAGCAGAGCGACAAUCUCCCACAAAAACAAAGCGCGGCCAGACCCCAACAAGACCUCUCACCUGUGUGUGGUGGUGCUGCGUCAGUGCAGCCUCGUGGUGAUGUCAUCCAUGCCCAAUCCCAGGAUGACCCAACACAACGUCCGGGCUGCGGGUCGGCAGCCCGGACGUUGCUGAAAGCUCGUCUCCUGCAUGUCACAGAGAGCAACCAGCAGACCCGAGCUCACGUACAGCUGGUUGUCAGGGGAAACACUGUGGAGACCAAGCAGGAGGCAGAGUGGACCGUCAUCCCAGUGUCAGCCGCCCUCCCACAGGAAGAGCACUCCUCCAAACAGGAAGUACUGGAAAGGUACAGAAAGGCCUGCUUGCUAUUUCAGUUUCAACUCCAGAAGAACAAGCAACAUUUGGAGGAGUUUCUUUCAGACACCGUCACCAUCUCCACCCUGCAGAACCAAAAGAAGCAACUACAGACUUUAAAACAGGAGACAGAGGCACUAUGGCUCGAGUAUGAGCUACAGUAUACCCAGCAAUCCCAGUUCUCCCAUCUGAUGACCAGGGAAGAUAAGGGAGAUGUGGAAAGAGACUGCGAGCAGCUGACUCAGCAGUGGAGAGGACAACAAAUGUGCCUCCAGAGCAGGAUGACGUCUCUGAAGAUUACUGCUGACCUGAUGGCACUGAUCACAGAACAACUGGACCGGAUCAUCAGAGAGUCUGUGGACAUCUCAUCCUUCACUGUAGCCGAUUCCAGACUGAUAGCAGGUUUAAAGGAGAUGGAUGACAGACUGCGGUCUGAAAUGAGAAAGUUAUCAAAGCGAGGCACUGAAGAGGAAAUCCAGGGGCCUGAAGCCACAACCCCUUCAUCCCCCUGCCAGGCUUUCCACAACAGUGUCCAUCAUCUUGAGCAGCUCAGGCAGCGGUUGGAGAAAGUUCAAUCAGCUGCCCAGGCUCUGGAUCACUUCCUGGCCACAGUGAGGGAAGUCAAGGCUGAGAUCCCAAACCUGCUGGCAAACCAGGACCCCAGCAGACAGCCUAUUGAGGCAGAUUGGGAGCAAGAGUCACACUCUUGGCAGGCAGCAACGCGGCAGAGGGCUCAGAGGUUGCAGACUGCCGCAAAACAAUCCGAGAGUGUUGACAGCACUUUAAAGGCCGUGGGGAUGACUCUGACCAUGGAUGGUGUAACAGUCAUGUGCCAGGAUGUGGUGACAUCAUUGUCACAGCAAGCUGCGAACGUAGAUGAAGAAGUGAUGAGAGCCAAGAAGAGGGAGAGGAAAGACGAGUUAUUUCCAAUGGCAAGGGAGCAAAUCCAGGAGUUGAAUCCUAUGGAGAUACGUCAGACCGACACUGGGGUGGAUCCAACACAUCAGGGGGGAGCACAGGGGCGUGAGUAUCCCACCCCAAGUAGGAUGGAAGAGGAGGUAGCGUUGGUGGCCAAAAGGAGAAGGCUGGAAGGAGAUGAUGCUAUGAAGUCACAAAGGGAGGAAGAGCACAAGGCUCUAACACGGAAGUCUGAAGGGGAUGUCUUCAAAGCUGAAGACCAGAGGAGAAGAGGAAGCAGCAGCCAGGUUAAGAAAGAGGGAGAAGAGAAGGAGAGUUUUGUCCAGAGGAGAGUUGCCUUGUUUGGCACUCUGAAGGAGAUAAGGGAAGCAGCUGAGCAGCUGAGGUUACAGGAGCCCACUCUGCCUGCUAUGCAGCACAGAACACGUGCGUUGGCAGAGCUGGAAAGUCGUCUCGCUGGCCACCUCGCUGAGCUGCAGCACAUACAAGAUGAACCCUCGCAGUCAGGAAUCCCUGAUGGGAGUCCAACCAGAGAGGUGGAGGAAGCCUGGGAGGAGGCGACAAAAGCUGUAACGAAACGGCAGGAGCAGUGUUACGCCCUCACAGAGCUGCUGAAGAGGUUUCAGAGCAUUCGUGGGGAGUUGAGUGGGACACUGCAGAGGGCAGAAAGCAUCAUCAGUGAACAAGCCUCCUACAUGGGGAAAGACAACCUGCAGAGACUGCACACCAAGGUCCUGGAAACAAAAGCAGAGCUGAAUGGUCUCGGGGACCGGAUAGAGGAGGUGCGCAGUGUCUGCAGGCAGCUUCACACUCAUCUGCGUCAGAUCCCAGAAUGCAUCAUCAUCCCAUUUGAGGACGAAGCAGAUGCUCUCAUGGACCGCUGGCUGGACAUAUCAGAACGAACAGAUUCCCACCUAGAAAACCUACACCGUGGCCUGACUCUGUGGGAUGGCAUCAUCCAGCUGGGAGCAGAGGUAGAGAGCUGGACCGCCAAUAAACUAGCAGCAUUUGCACAGUCUCCAUCCUCCCAGACAGAGGAAGACAUCAGGGCCUUGCAGAAUGAGAUAGUGACCCACGAAGAGCACAUGGAGCGUUUCCACCGAAGAGUCGCUGAGGUUUCGGCCCUGCUUCAAAGCAAAGAGCUUCCUCUGGAGCUGCAGGUCGUGGAGACCCAGAUAAGGAAGAAGAUUAAGCAGCUGAAGGAGCUUGUUUCUGAAGCUGAGGACGUUCACAGGCAGAUGGUGGCUGCUAAAGGACAACUUACUGCCAGGAUGGCUAAAUGCUUCAACUCCCUCCAGAAGAUUCAAGACUCCCUUCUCACUCUCAGUGCUUCUGAUAUUGCAGCCGUUCUUGCAAAACUUAAGGAUCUACUUUUUGAGCUCCAGAUGCAGGAUGAGUGGGCAGAGAGUCUGCUGGAGGAUCUGCGUGUUAUGGCCUCCAUAGCGAGUCCAGAGCCUCUCCAGGGUUUGUCUGUGGAUGGGAUUCAGCUUCAAGAUAAAGUCAGAAGCACCCACCGGCUCUUCUCUGAGGUGGAGGAACGGACUGAGAGGAAUAUCCAGGCUCUGGACAGGCUGCAAAGCGAAGCUGAGCACUUGGAACAAUGGUUGCAAGGCGUUGAGGGAAAAGCAACACGGGAGGAUGAUCUUCGUCUCCUGCAAGAGGAAGCACUUCAACAAAGGGUUAGAACAGAGGCCCUGGAUCAGCUGCUGUCGUCCUUACAAAGCAGCACAUUCAAGCAGUCUGCUCUGCUGGAGGAGAGCAGCAAACUGUUGGAACGAUACCACAGCUUUCAAACCAACGUACUGCGCCGCUCCGCCGAGAAGCAGAGCUCCACGAGCAGCGACGUCGAGCUGUUUCACACUAGGUGCGGAGUCGGAGAUCUGAGACAAACUCCUGACUCUCCACUUGGGGAAAACCUCGUCAUCCAGAGUCCCGUAGAGCCGAGGCGUCACUUUGCUCGGGCGGUAGUAAGUGUGACGGCAGAGGGGGAGGCUCGCCUCCAAGAGCUCAGAGUUACUGCAGAUCGUCUGAGCCACAGACUGUGUGAUGGAGAUGGCCUGAAACAGGACAUUCAGGGAAGCAUUCAGGAAACAGAGGAGCCGAGGCGGGACCUUCUCCAGUCCGUCCAGUCUCAUCACAGGGUUCUACAAGCUCAUCCAGACCUCACCUCCUCCGACCUGGACCAAAGACAGCAGGCCAACUGCAGAGUGGAGGAGGAGCUGCAGCAGAGAACUGCUCAGCUCCCUUCUUUAUUCCCCUGGCCCGGCUUGUCCCAGCGCAGACAAACCUGUCGUCUAGCCCGUCAACUGCAGGAUGAGGCCGAAUCCUUGCAAUUAACCCUUACCGGCCUGGCUGAACAGAGGAGGGGAAUGACUGAACGAACCAGCUGGAAAGAUCCGUCCUUGGCUGAGCUGGAGACCUGCUGUCCAUCACUGAUGGAUGAGCUGAAGGGUGUUUGUUCCAGCCUGGAGGAAGGUGUAUGUAAUGAGGAACAUUUUGGCCAGUCACUGCAGGACUGCCGCCAUAAAUUGACUUCCCUGCAGGAAAGGAUGUCAGCCUGGAAAGCCCAGAAAGAGAGCUCAGCUGGACGGGUCACUGAUGCACCAGCUCUGGAGAUUUUGCUACAAGAAGUUACCGACAUAGAAAAAAAGCUUUUACAAAUUGUAACACUCAAGGACUCCAUCACUGCCAGUUCCACAGCCGAGGCCCAGACCAGCCUCUCCCAGCAAGUCGGCAACCUCCAACACCACAAGAGGGCGCUAGACGGUAGCAUCAGAGGAACUCUGGCACUGCUCACAGAAAACAACAGCCAGAGAGUUGGACGAGUGAAGGGAGAGGUCUCCUGGGUACAAACAGCUCUGAAAGACCUGGCUGAAAAUCUGUGCGGGAACUCUGAAGUGUUGCCUGAUAUCAGCCAGCUCAAGCAGCAGUUGUAUACAAUACAGGACUGUGAGACCAGGCUGACCGAGUUGGGUGCAAGAGUGUCCGACCAGCAGAAGACUGGAGAGUCCAGCGGCACACAAGAAAGUCUUCCUGCCGACGUCACUUUGACUGUUGAUGCAGUUGCUAAAGACCUUGACGGCCUCACGUCCAUUUUUCUAAAAAAGAAGCAGGCGUGUGCAGAAAACACAGCUAACAGAGUGAGACAGGUCAUCGACCAGCUGCAGCAAUGGAGACAAACAGUACAAGCUGAACUAUCAUCACCCAGCCAGGCAGCUCUUGACGAGGGGUUGUGGCUUCAACAAGGUCUUCGUGAAGUGCUCGCUGAACGAGAUCUUCUUCUUAACUGUCUGGGAACCCAAUUAACAGAAAAACUGGAGACAAGUGCUUCCGAUGCUCUAAAUGAAAGCACAGCUGUACUCGAAACCUUAUCUAAAUGCCUGGUUUCACAAAUCAAUGCAUAUCAUUGUGAAGUGGAGUUGGACAACGAUUUGCCGGACAGAGUUGUUGAAGAAACUUUUAGAAGUGAAAGUGAUGCACAGUAUUUAACUUCACCUGAUACAACUAUGGCCAUGUGUCCUCCUGCUUCUCCUCCUGCAAUACACAGCCAGGAAAACUCUGAAAGUGAUCAGAAUGACAACAAACUCACAACCAAAGACACUUUGGAAACAACUGAAGAAGGGGUCGCUAAUCAAUUCUCAUACGCAGAAAUGCGAGAUGUUUUCAAAUCACAAAAGUUAACAUCAGCUCCGCCAAAAACAAACCUGAAGACUUAUUUUGUGCCCAAAGAUGAUACAGGCACAUUGAAUACUGCCAGCAAUCCUUUAAGCAGUGGGCUUAGGACACUUUCUGGAAGUAACACUUUAAUGUCAGACUCGCUUCAUUCUCUCAACAAGAGUUUAAUAGCUCGGCAAGAGAACACUGAACCAUUUCAGGAAGACAAUGCCUCAACCCAGGACUCAAAACUGUCACUUAAAGGCACCGACAAUAUCAAAGAAAGCAAUUCAGCUCACUGUGUCACACCUCUGGUUAUAUCCCCAGCAACAAAGCCUGACAGCUUCCGCCUUUCUACCAGUGAAAUUGUGUCUCAACAUCUCGCAGCCCAAUCGGAGACAUUUAAAACAGUUCCUGAUGAUGAGGAAAAGGACAAAUACUCUGAGGACAUCAGUGUGAGGCCAGAUAAAGUGUUGUUGGACAUGGAGACGCCCGAGUUCCAGCUACAGGACAAUGUUGGAGCCAGCAUUCCAGAUGUACUUAGAUGUUCAAAGGCAGCAAAGGGUUGCGAAGCACAGCUCACACGUAUUCCUGAGAAGAAAUCUGCAGUCUUUCCAACAUUAUCGAGUCCUGAAUUUGAUAAAACAGACUUGAAGAUCCAUUAUACGGAGAGCUGUUCAUUAGAUGAGUCUCAAGUGGCGAACUCACUGCCAGGAAACCCUUUGGCAUUAGUACGUACAGAAUUAGAGGAGAAAAAGUCAGCACGUGCCAAAUUAAUGUGCAAAGGAAAGUCAGAAAGCCAUGAAUUAAUGCAUAAUGAGGUGUUGAAUUCCUCCAAAUCGUGUGGCACUGUUGCUGAAUAUCAGCUCACUGGUGCACAUGCAGAAGCAACAACAUUUCCGGAUGUCAAACAAGAGGAGACGUCAGAUUUCUGUCACGCUGAAGAGCAAACAAUGAGCUCAGUCUUGUGCACUGUGGAGGUAGAUGCCUUAACUGCAGCAGAAAUACCUGCCGGUGACAAUAAACAGCUGAAUGUUACCGACGCUGCACAGAGUGCUGGUACAGGAGAGUUGGAGACGGCAGAGGAAGAAAACACGGGAGAGGGAAGUGACCCUGAUGGCCCGGAGUCCAAACCUUCCAAAGUGCCAAAAAGACGAGUCAAAGCUACGCUGUCAUUUGAAAAGAGUCCAUGGGAGGUGCCUGCAUCGCUGGAGGACACAGAGGUGAAUAAGAGACAGCAUCAGACCCAAGAAAGCAUGGAGUCUAAGAGGACGGAGCCGGGGUUGACACCUGAUCUGCCGGCUCGGGAGGCGACAGGUGGAUCCCCGGACAGCAACAAACACAAGUCCACCAUGCAGGAAGUUUUGUCUGAGAUCCAGAGCUUGGUGGAAAGCAGUAACAUAAUACAUCGGACACCGCACAUUGAUUUCAAUUGGUACCUGAAGUCCACUCCUGGUGAGUCACAGAUUCGAUUAGUCCGAACUGUCCAAAGAGUUCUGGCAUGUCGUUAUCAACCAGCACAGCUUGAUGUCACUGCAAUGGCCAAACAACUGCAGGAGGCAGAGGACUACAGGCGAUGUGUGCAGGAGCAAGUGUUGACUAUGAAAAGCACGAGUGGUGCCAGGAUCUGUGAUCCGGAUACCUUGAAAAGAGCUGAAGCACAGUGGAGUGCUGCACUGCUAGAUGCUUCUGCCACAGUGCAGGUCAAAGCAGCACAGCUGAAACAGGUCAAAGAGUAUCACAAACAGAUGAAGAUCACCAGAGCUUUCCUGGAGGUUGUAGCAGCGGAGAAGGACAAGAUGAGCUUAAGUACCUUGAGAAGCAGUGCUCUUCAAGCUGACAAACUCAACGCCCUGCUGCAAACCAUGGUACAGAAAAAAGACAGGAUGGAAAAGCUCCUCCAGUUAAGUAGCCAAUUUUCGGUCCACUUGAGCGACGCUGAGAGUUCAGGUGCUCUUCUUGCCCAGCUGGGAGAUGUCCAGGAGGAAUGGAGGCUUUUAGAAGGAGGCAUCAAAAGAGCUCUGCGACACGCCUCAAGCUCCACCUCUCAAUCCUCUCUUUUAAUAAAAGAGGCCGAACAGCUUAAAGCCAAGCUUGACGCUCUUCGGCAAAUCAACUUUCAAAGCCAUGACAGCAAAAGUGCUUUAGAACUUGUUUGCCUGACCACAGACCUAAAACUGUACACCCAGCUUUAUCUGCACUUACAGUCCCAGACAGAUGCUCUUGUCCAUUUCUCUCUGGGUCAGAAAGAAAAGGAUGAGCUCAAUCGUAGUCUUAAGGAACUUGGGUCCUUGCUAAAUGUCACCAAGAGCAAGUUUGACACCUCCACAUACAGCUGUGGCAGCAUUUCUUCAGCUAAGAUCAACAAGCAAUUACAAGACUUGAUCAUAUGGGCCAAGCAGGCAGAAAUCCACAUCUCUAUAGGCAAAAAGUCAGCCCUAUUCCCAGAGGAGGCUCGUAUUCAGAUUGUUGAGAUGAGAACAUUUCGGACAGAUAUUUGGUUGAGAAGAUCCAAGAUGCAAGUCGAAGCUGAGCAGAUGAAAGCUGGAGUCUCUGAUAUGGAAAAUGAGGAAAGUGACCAAAUAUUAAAGACAAUAGAAGACCUGUAUGAAGCCAUUGCUAACAGCUUGGAUCAGGUUCUUGAUACCAUGAAGAAAGAUCUGCAGGAGAGGGAGAAACUGUUAUGUCAGCUAGCUAGCAUUGAUGCCUGGCUAGCAGAAAUGCAUGCUAAAAGAGACCACUGCGCUCAUGUUGACAAUGUUUCAAAAGCUGAAGUCAGAAAGCUAGAGAGCGAGCUAAAAAGUCACAAAUUAGCCGCAGUCGAGAUAGAGGGUCAACUAAAACGGGCGGAAGCAAUGGCUGACAGUUGCAGGGAAAUAGCUGUAAGGUCCAGUCCAGGAGAGAGCCGCUACCUUGUCAACAGACUGUCAGGCCUUUGGACAGAAUUAGACGGGUUGCUUGCUCACGAGAAAGCAUCUAGCUGGGAAUUGGAAGAGCUGAUUCAUGAGCUAACCACUUCCGAUGAGGAGUUAUCGACCAUCCAGGCUAGCUUAAAGCAAAUUUCCAGUUAUUUGGCACAGCAAAGGUUCCCUUUAACACAGGACGCCCUGUCAACAAUUGCACAGUUGAAGCACAUGCUAAUGGAACAUCAGUGCCAAGUACAAGGGCUGAAGCAGUGCCAGGAGGCAAGGCGAAGCUCCCUGCUGUGCACUAUUGGGGAACUGCAAGACCAGUGCAAAGCACUUAGUAUUAUUGCGGUUGAGCAAGACAAAUAUCUGCACCUGAGGAGACAAAUGGAGGAAUCUAUGGACAUUGCUAAAGAGCAAAUCCAGCGUGCCAAAGAUACAACCGUCAGCGUGGGUGAGAGGGUCAUGCUAUGCCAAUCACUCUUGGUUGAGCUUCCUUUGGUGAAGACACAGUGUCAAGAAGUGACAGACCAGUUGGAGGCCAUAGCUCAGGAGUUGGAACCAUCUGAGCUAAACCCGGAGAAGCAGAGGAUUCACCACGCUGUGGAAACUUUAGUCUCCUGGGAGCAUUCUGUUACAGAUGACACCAAAAACCUAGAGGCCAAGCUUUUACUAGGCCUGCAUUUUUCUUCUGAAUAUCUUGCCUUAAUAGAGCUUUUCCAAAGAACAAGAGUGGAGCUGGAGGGACAGGAACCAGUAAAUCCGGAUGAAAAAGCCAUAGAUAUUGCACUAAUAAGGAAUUGGAUUAUUUUAAGACACUUGGAGUCUGGGAUGCGGGUGUUGGAAGGUCUGGGACGGAAAGAAAAAAUGAGCCUGAAGAACUACAAGAAACUGUACUCUCUCAGAGAUGCAACCAUGCAAGAGUGCCAUUUACGAAUGGAGAGUUUAUGCCAGGCGAGAGAAUCCUUGAAAGAUUACCAGUGGGCUGCUCAGGGAGCAAUAGGCUUCCUACAUAAUGCUGAAGCCACCUUCUUAUCAGCUCCUGGAGGGUUUUUGGACUGUACUGAGGAACAAAGACAGACUCAGCAGGCUCUAGAGGCUCUUGAAGAUGGAUUUCAGGCUCACAUCUCCCACCUUGUGGAUCUGGUGCCCCAACAACCCUCCCUGUCCCACCCAAAGACUGAGCAGCUGCACAUCAGCAUCCUCAGUCAGUUGUUGGUGGGAAGAGCCAUACUGGAGGCCCAAGCCCAGCUCCGGCUGGAGUCCUUGCAGAGAUGUGAAGUAAGACAACAGAGCCACAGGAAGUGCCAUGAAGACAUACGUCAGCAUCUUUCAGGGCUUGAAGCCCAGCUUUCAGAAUGUGCAACAGAGCAAGUGACGUCAAUCGACAAAUGUAUUGCCCAACAAAAAAGAGCUACGCUCCUGAUGGAGGGUCUUCACAUCCUUGCAUGUAAGCUAGAAGAACUGAGAGCUGGAUGUCCAGUGCAGGGCUGUGGGAUUGGGAAGGACGGGGAGCUGGGUGCCCUAUGGAGGCGCUGGGUAUCAAUACGCCGUGGUGUCGGCCUCCUGAUGGCACGCACAGAACAGAGAGGAGAGGAAUGGAAGGACAUCACUACAAGUAUGGAGCAGUGUUGCAGCUUAUUAGCCAGUCUUCAGUCUGAGGUUCCCGACUCCUCCACUGUGAGCUUCACUCAAGAGGAACCGCUGGAGCUUCUGGCUCAGGCGGAGAUGCACCAGGCCUGGCUGGAGCAGGAGCAGCAGGCCUUAGCCUCCCUGGAGCAUCGGCUGGAGCACGCCCUGAGCUUAUCGAGUUCCUGGGAGCCCAUCAGCCCUGGACCUGUUGGCAAAACUCUCGUGAAGAUCCAAGAGAAUGUCCGGAGCUUGAAAGAGAGAAAACUGCUGGUGGUAGCUGCAGCUCAGGCAGAGGUGAAAGAGAGACAGCAGGUCCAAGUGGAGAUAGCAGAGUUGGAGCAACACAUGUUCAUCCUUCAUCCCUCACUGGGAGCCUGUUCAAAUCCAUGCAAACAACAGGAGCUCAGAAAGGAUUUGACCUCCCAGAAAGCCAAACUCAAGUGUAUCAUGGACGGCGUGCAGAGCCGGUAUGCUGAGAUACCGGCUGGUAUCAGCAGACGGUUACAAGAAGUUCAGCUGUCUCUGCAAAUAGAGGAGGAGAAGCUCACGGACAACAGCAACCCAGUUCGGAAGCUUGCUAGUCAAGUGGCAGAGUUGGGUUCUGGCCUGGAAAAAGUGAAAGUCUUACUGGAGCAAAGGAGUCCAACAGUCAAUGAAGCUCAACAAGUGCUCAAGCGCGUGUGGGAUGAGCUGGAUGCGUGGCACAGCAGCUUGAUGCUGCUGGAAAGCGAGGUGCAGGAUCUUGCAGAGGAGCUUCCUGAUCAAGCCCACCUACUGAUGGACCAACUCACCCAACCACUGCAGCUUUACCAAAACGCAGCGCAGAUGACCGAGCAACGCACCGCCUUCCUCAGCAAGAUCCCCGACUGUCUUCAGGAGUUUGAAGACAUUCUGUAUGGCGCCACCUGCUGGUUAGAAGAGGCCCAGUCAUGGAUCAGUGCUCCAUGCUCCUUCCCAACAGCCAGAGGCCUCCAGAAUCAUGCAAACUCCCUGCAGCUGGUCCUGGACGACUCUGAGAGGAUCAGUCAUACCCUGCAGAACUUCAGGCCAGUCCUGGAUGAGAUAUCUGCUGUGUGUGACAUCAGCACCCACAAGGAGAGGGUGAACCAGAAUAACCAACAAGUCCAGAAAAUGCAGCGCAAGAUCCUCGAGCCGCUGCAGCAGCUCCUGCAGGCUGUCGGGGUAGUGGAGGCAAUGGAAGCAGAGCUGAAGACCAUAGAGAAGAACGUCCCCAAGAUCAGAGCGAUUUUAUCCUCCCUGGACAACUCGCACAUAACUCUGAUGGAGCAUCUUCAACACCGACAGGUGAUCCAGGCCAACGUGCAGUCCAUGAGGCGGUCGUUGGAGGAGAUGGAGAGAUGCAGAGGAGAGCUUCACCUCCCACAGGGAGCAAAGGAGAGCCUGCUGGUCUUCUCCAAAACCAGACUGCUCCUGCAGCCGCUCGAGGAGCUGGAACACCUCACCCAUCAACAAGCGGCUCUGCUGGAGAACAAUAUUAGGGAGGAGAAAGAAACAUGCCGGGAUCUUGGCGUCACCGCCGUCUCUGGUGGUCCUGAAGAAGUACACCACCCUGACAGAUCUCUACAAAGAUGCUUCGCCCAGCAGGAGGCGUUUGAAGUGUCUAAUUCAGAGGAAGAGGAGGAUGAUGAAAACAUGAGUUGUCACUCGUCGUCCUCUGACACACUAACAAGCAGUAUUCCAGAGGACCCGGAGGAGACACUCGGCGCCUCAGACGGGGACAUUGCAGAAAUUUGGCUACUUUCAGAAGUUACGGCACUGGAGAGUCUGGCUGGUCUGUCUUCCUCUGAAGUGAAGACUAGCUCUGAAAGUGCAGAAACCACCGGGCUUUUAUCUGAGAACCCGAGGCUUCAUACAACGGAGUCUGAAUCAGAACAUUUUGAAACUGGAUUGCCAGCAAUGGAUCCCAUCGUUGGCGAAGCAUUGAGUCAUGAAACUGUGACAAUUGAGCCACUCGUCGGUGCAGCCGGUCUGGCAGUAGCUGCCAAACUGGACUCGCAUGGAUCACCAAAACAGGAAGCGCUUGGCAUCGACCCUCAUGCAAAGUCCCUUCAGGCUGCAGCUGCAGUGGAAGACACAAGACCGAUUCCUGCAAGACCUAAAACUCCAUGUACUGCCACAAGAGGACCUGAUGGGUUUAUAGAGGAAGCAGACGCACAUCUGUCGUUGUCUACAGCUCCACAUCGAUAUCUGGAUACUCUUAACGUGUUGAAGGAGCGGAGAGAAGUCGGCGCCAGUCAUCGUGACUCUCCUCAAGCCGAGGAGUCGUCUGAGGAGCCGAUCAGCUUGGCUGGACAGGAGGGAGACGACAAGGAGCAGCUAAGGUGGAGUCGACUUCAAACCCAGAUCUCCCAAAAGCUGACCACUUUGAAAGGAAUUAAGGAGGAGCAUCAAGUCAGCCCAGGAGAUGGAGGCACCCACCAAAAGGACCCAGAAAGGGAGCUGACAUCAACCGGGUCGGCUUCUGCUGUUCUGCAGCGGACACAAGAGUCCAUCACCAUGAUGAGACAAACAGUGAGCUCUCCAGGUGUAAAUGAGGGGUUGUAUGAGGCUGCACAGAAGGUCCUCCUCUGUCUGGACGCUUGGACUGACCUCCUGUUAACUCCCGGUGAAGACGACCCCCAGAUGAGGCUGCUCCAGCAGGAGUGUGUCUCCACUGAGCUGGUGACUCUGUGUGAGACGUUGAGAAAAGUGGAGUCAGGGACCGAAGCUGCACUUUGGAGGGAAAACCCAGAAGCUCUUCGCUGUUGGACCGCCCUUCAGGAUUGUUUACAGAUGGUCCAGCUGGUCUCUGCCUCAUCCCACAACCAGCUCGUUGAACAUCUGGGACACACAUACCAACAUCAGCAGCAUGCCUCCAUCCAGCUGUGUAAUGUGGACGAGUUUGAACUGGGACUAAGUGAGCUGUUCCCCAGCAUUAAGGAUGCUCCCAGUUUGGAGGUAACCAGUGCUUUGCAGCAGUGUGUGCUGGGCCGACAUCAAAGGGAGAGUCCAGGGGUGAAAGCCAAGCUCCAGCAAGCUUCCUGGUCCUUACUUCAGGGGAUAGCUCGCCUCUUGGAACUGGGUGAAGAAUGCAUAACAGAAGGGCAGAUGAGCCGUGUUCACAACUGCAGCCAACUUCAAGCCGUUCUCUGCAGACACAAGAAGCUCCUGCGGGUCCUCGGGUCUCAGUUGGCUUUUGUGCAGCAUCUGUUCCAACGUGAGCCAAAAGCACUCGAGUGUCAAGAGGACGAGCGGGUACAGCUGGGAGUCAGAGCCAAAGCUUUGCAGCAACAGGCUCUGGAACAGGAAGUGGCUUCACAAAGGAGGAUCCAGGAGUGGAGCCGCUGGGAGGAUCAUUUUGGUCGACUUGUCGGGCUGUUGGAUGAUUUUGAAGCCUUCAUCAGCAGCGGGGAAUCAGAGGGAGACAACGAGAGGUUAGCGCAGCACCGACAAGCUGCCUGCCAGCAAACACUGGUCCAGCUGGAUGUCAGCAGAGCUGCUUUAGGACUGCUCCUGGAUCAGGGGAAGGUGCUGCACACGGAUCCAGAGUUAGCUGCCAGAGUUGGUGACGCAGGAGGCGCUCUGGAGCUGCGAUGGCUCAGCGCCUACAGACGGACAGAGCAGGAGAGUCGACGCUGCAGAGACAUCCAGGACAGCCAGGACAGAUUCCAGACUGACUUUUCCUCAGUCAGGGAAUGGCUGGUUGGUGCCAACAAACACCAGAAGAGUUGGUCAAACCUGGCCGACACUUCGGAUCUGAACCAGGAGUGCAUUUGCAACACUCUGAUUAAGCUGCUGGACUUCUCCGUGGAGAUUGAAGCCAUGUCAGUCCAGAGGGCGUCUGCAUCCAGGGAAGCCACUAAGCUGCUCCACCUGAGGGAUGCUGAUUGUCCUGGGCUGAGAGCUCGGCUCGCCCAGCUGGAGGGCAGCUGGACCCAGCUGACCUCUGACCUGUCCACAGUACAAGACCGCCUGCAACAGCGGCUGCUGGCGGCGUGGCCACCGGUGAAGCUGCUGCCUGACCUGGAGGACUGGCUGAAGAAGCUUGAGGCUCGGCUGAAACAGGAGAAAGAAACAUUCCUCAAGGUCAAAGAUGCUGCUCAGAUCACUGAACUUCUGCAACGCUACCAGGAGCUAAAGACAGGCAUGGUCAAUGGGCUGCUCCUUCUGGACUUCCUGUGUCAGUCUGGGCCUCAGGCGCGGGGACUGGACCUGCGAGCUCUCCACUCAGAACGUACAAUGUUUGCAGAGGAACUCGGAGCCCUCAGACGACAGUGGCUGCAUCUUCAGGGAGCGCUGGAGAGCCAGACUCGUGAAGCCGAACAGAUGCAUCACACAUGUGCAGACCGAGAGAGGCGUUUACAGCGUCUUCACAGCUGGAUAGAACGGCAGAAAGAGCAGUUGAAUCGAUGGAAACAGCCCGCCGGUCAAACUCUGGCUCGUGAGGCUCUUCUGGAGUUGGAGGCUGUUGUGAGCAGAGUGAAGGAGGUGUCUGCAGCUUUGCAGGAGUUGACAGCCAUAAGAGUGCAUGUUGAAAAGGAAGAGGAUCACCCUUGUGAUGUCUCUUUCUCUGGCCGGACAGAGAGUGUGUGUCAUGCUUGCGAGGAUCUUAGUAAACAGAUGGAAGCUGUGCGUCCAGCUCUUCAACAGACCGUGGAGGAGUGGAGUUGUUUUGAGAGCGAUCUGAGGGAGGUAUCUCUGCUCACCACCAGGGUGCGCUGUGCUCUUCAGCAUCAGCCUCUGUUCUCACUGAAGCAGGCAGAAGGACACGUGGACCUCCUUGAGCAACUCCAGGAGAAGGCCAGAAAAGGAGAACAUAUUUGGGCGUCUGUGGACAAAUCCUAUCAGAGUCUUGUGAAGACUCUUCACCGUGGAACAGCAGAGGCGCUGGAUGAUCACAUGAGUGGGGAGCGAAAACGGUGGAAGGACGCGGUGCAGGAGUUAAAGAGUGAGCACAUGAGGACCGGAGAGACAGUUUCUCUCUGGCAGGAAUACACUCACCUGUCUGAUCGAUGCUCCCUUUACCUGCAAACACUGGGGUGUCAGUGGGAGGAGCUGUCCAGGUCUUCACCUCAGCAGGAAACACAGGCCGUGCUUCACUCAGUGGAGAAGUUGCAGAAUUCUGCAGAGGAUUUGCAAAGCGGUGUGGGAGAUGUGCUUCUGGCUUGCAAGCCUCUCAUUGAACGGCUAGAACCACUGGCCACAACUUUAAUCCAAUCAGAGACCAGGCAACUGUCACGUGAAGUCCUGCUGCUGAACAAGGCGAUGUCAGGAACAAAGAGAAGUCUUCAGGAAGAUUUGGAGCAACAAGAACUAUUUCAUACUGAACUGGAGGCCCUUGAAAAGCAGACACAGAGCACGCAACAUCAACUUUUUAACAGGUUCAAUGACGCAGACUCAAUGAAGCGGGAUCUCUUGGAGCUCAGUGAUCUGUUUCCGUCACUGGUUGACGUCCGGGAGAUGAGUUGUCAUGUGACCCUUAACAGCCAUGAGACGGAGAGAUUGCACAUGCUCAGCAAGCAAUGGGUUGAAAGCAUGACUCGCACAUCUGACAUGAACAGAGAGCUGCAGGCUGAGCGUCAGCGUUCCCAGACCUUCCCGGAGAAGUGUAAGUGCCUGACAUCUAUCCAGAAGACGCUGGAGGAGGAUUCGACGUCUCAAAAGACUCAAAGUUUCUCCGGCCUCCGAGACAUGCUGACUGUCCAUAAGAGGCUUGAGACUGAAAUCCUGAUUGGACAUCAGCUUGUGCAGGGUCUUCUCUGUCAUGCAGUCGAGUCCAUGGAAACCGAGACGGGACAGAAAAGAUCUGAGCUCAUGGCACAAGUGACCCGCGUGAGGAAGAGCUGGUUCAACUCGUUGGCUUUGGCUGGCCAGCGCAGGUACUCGAUGAAAGAACAACUGGGCCAGUGGAGCGUCUUCCGCCGUGGCACGAAAGUUUUGUGGAGGCUGUUGAGGGAAGUUGACCCUUUGCUGCCCCCUGCUGGACCUGCUCUGUGUACUCUGCAUCAGCGACGAAGCUGCGCGGAUGAUUACCAGUGCGUUAAAGACGCAAUGGGUCUGCACUCCGCCGUGUACACCCAGACGCUGGGGGCCGGCAGACAUUUAUGUGAAACCAUGGCUGGGUCGGAGUGUCAGAGCCAACUGCAGUCAGAGCUUCAGGCCAUACAGGAGGCCUGGGAACGAACCACCUCCCUGCUGGAGAGGAGAGGAGCCCUGGUCAGCACAGCUGUUCAGAAGUGGUCUCAGGGUCAGGACGCGGUAACCGGGAUCACGUCUGAACUGGAUGAGCUGAACACUUUGCUGAAACAGCCGCAGGACUCCGUUCAGGAGACAGACCUCCUCCUGCAGCGUGUGACUGGUGGAUUUAGGGAAUUGGCCACCAUGAAGACGGACCUGUCCCAGUACGUGGCGGCCGGGGACUCGGCUCUGCUGGAGCAGCAGCUGGAGCAACUCCAUGGUCAAUGGGAAGAGCUGUGUAUGAAGGUAUCCUUGCGCAGACAAGAAAUUGCAGACCGCCUCAGUGCCUGGACCAUCUUCAAUGACAAGAACAAAGAGUUCUGUGAUUGGCUGACUCAGAUGGAGAACAAGGUGUGUCACAGCGGAGAGCUGAGCAUCGAGGAAAUGGUGGAGAAACUGAAAAAGGACUGCAUGGAGGAAAUCAACCUGUUCAGUGAGAAUAAAAGCCACCUGAAGCAGCUGGGUGAGCAGCUGUUGUCAGCGAGUGACGAGGCCAAGCAGACAAAGGUGCACGGCUCGCUGCAGGAGGUCAACCAGCGGUGGCACAACCUCUUCCACCAGAUCGAAGCCAGGGUGAAAAAGCUGAAGGAGACUCUGGUGGCGGUGCAGCAGCUGGAUAAGAACAUGAGUAAUCUCCGCUCGUGGCUUUCACGCAUCGAGUCCGAACUGUCCAGACCCAUCACCUACAGCGUCUGUCACCACCAGGAGAUCCAGAGGAGGCUGGCCGAGCAGCAGGAGCUGCAGAGGGACAUUGAGCAGCACACGCGCGGCGUUGUGUCCGUGCUCAGUCUGUGCGACGUCUUGCUGCGGGACGAAGAUGCUGCUGGAGGCCCCGAGCCGGAGAGUGACUCCCUGCAGGAAACCAGCCACAGCCUGGACCGGCGUUGGAGGGCCAUAUGUGCCAUGGCUCUAGACAGGAGGCUCAGGAUCGAGGAGACCUGGAGACUCUGGUGCAAGUUCCUCGACGACUACUCGCGGUUUGAGGAUUGGCUCAAGAUGGCCGAGCGCACCGCUGCCAAUCCCAACUCUGCAGACGUCCUCUAUACCGUCGCCAAGGAGGAGCUCAAGAAGUUCGAGGGUUUCCAAAGGCAGGUUCAUGAGCGGCUGACCCAGCUGGAACUAGUCAAUAACCAGUACCGCCGCCUGGCCAGGGAGAACCGCACUGACCGAGCCAGCCAGCUCAAAGCCAUGGUCCACGAAGGCAACCGCCGCUGGGACAACCUGCACCGCAGAGCGACUGCCAUCCUCCGCAGACUCAAGUACUUCACCAGCCAGAGGGAGGAAUUUGAAGGCACCAGGGAAAGCAUGCUGGUGUGGCUGACCGAGCUGGACCUGCAGCUCACCAACGUGGAACACUUUUCAGAGAGCGACGUCCAUCACAAGAUCCAACAGCUCAAUAGUUUCCAGAAGGAGAUCACCCUGAACACAGAGCGCAUUGACGGGCUGAUCGUGUUUGGAGAGGGUCUAAUCCAGAAGAGCUCACUGCAGGAUGCAGCGCUGAUAGAAGAGGAGCUGGAGGAGCUGCACUCCUACUGCCAGGAGGUGUUCAGCAGGCUGGUCCGCUUUCACCAGCGUCUCAGCCAGCCACCGGCGAUCAGAGAAGAACCGGAGCUCUCUGGUACUGCCUUUUCCUUGGCGUCGAGCUUGGAGCUGAUUGGCCGACCUUGGCUUGGGCGGGGCCAAGGAAGCCUCCCGGCGACACCCACCCGCCUGCUGGCCUCCCCACUAGAGCACUCGGGGCGAGAGACACCGGUGAGCGUGGACUCCCUGCCAUUGGAGUGGGACCACACCGGAGACGUGGGAGCGUCUUCGUCCCAUGAGGAUGAUGAGCAGGAGGAAGAACAUGAGGAUGACAGAACUUACUUCAGUGCACUGUCAGAGGUGGAGUUGACUGAGAGCCGGGAGGAAUUUGUCGAAGUCCCAGAGGCCCUACGAGCCUCCUCACUGGUUUCAAGCAGGUCCAUGGCUGGACACGAGUCUCCAAGAUGGCCAUCACAGGGAGACACAGAAACACAGCUGGACCCCGAGGCUCCCCCCACCCUCACCAGCACCCCUAUAAAGCAGGGCUAUUUGCGUCUCAUGUCGGAGUGCAGCGGCAGCAUUGAGGACAUUAAGAGAGUCUCGCUGAUCCUGGAUGACGAGGACCAGCCGGAAGACCUCGGCCUGACAGGACUGACGGCCUCAGACAAACAGUCGGGCGUGAUUGAACGCUGGGAGCUGAUCCAGGCUCAGUCCAGGAGCCCACACGAGGCCCGUCCUCUCACGUCUGUCCUCGACGACAUCACUUCCUGGUUGGAAAAGGUGACCCCGGUGCUAGAGCGCCUCCAGCAGUCUGACCCGGCAGCCAGUAUCGAGGACAUGGAAGCCAGAGCCACAGAACUAAAGGAGAUGCAGAAGACGUUUACUCGCUACAAGUCCAUCAUGCUGUCUGUCAACCUGCGACCUCAGGAAGCAACAGAUCAGCAGGAGAGGCUGGCUGCCGUUAACCAAGUCUGGGGCCAAGCAUGUGCAGGCCUCCAGCAGUGGGACUCCAGUCUGAGGAAAACGCUGAUGCGCUGCCAGGAGUUCCACGAAACCCUCCAUUCCCUGCUGCUGUGGCUGGCCCACGCAGAGAGCAGACGCUACGCAGUGGACCUCAGAGACCCGGCCACACCAGUUCAAGCCCUGCAACAACAUCUCAGCACGCUCACUGAGGUGCAGAAGGAGCUGCAGGGCAGGCAGACUCAGCAGGCCUCCUGCCAGGCUCUGUGGUCUCAGCUGCAGCCCGAGGACGAGGCUGAGGGGACCGGCGAGGCCAAGGAGAAGCUCCACGUGACCAGGAGCAAACUGAAGAUGCUGUGGGGGCAAGUGGACCAGGACCUCAGCACUCUUCAUCAGCGUCUGGAUUGUGAAACGGCAUCAGACGUCCAAGGCCGAAGAGCAUCUGCAGAUCCAAAGACAGGUUCUUCUACUCAAAGAGAGAAGAAAGACUCGGCCCCGCCCCGCUCCUUCUUCUACAGGGUCCUUCGAGCUGCCUUCCCCCUCCACCUCCUGCUGCUGCUCCUCCUGCUCCUCCCCUGUGUGAUUCCCCAGUCAGAGAGCGACCCAGGCUGUACUGGGGCCAACAACUUCGCCCGGUCCUUCUACCCCAUGCUGCGCUACACCAACGGCCCGCCGCCCACCUGAUGGAGAUGUACUAACGGAGGAGAUACAAAGACUGAGAACAAAAUGGAAACCAACAAGCCACUUUGGUGUCACUCUUGACAUCAUUUCUACAUGUUUGUUCAGGUGUUUAAAGCUGAUGAAGUGAUUGUCUUUGUGAACUGUUAACAUUUAUUUUUGUCUAACCUGAGGCUUUAAAAAAAAAAAAAAAUCAUGCUUAAUCUAUUUUUAUGUUAGACUGAACUGAAAAGUUUAUUUUAUACAUCAAAGGCACUUGUGAAAAUUGUAAUGUUAUCUUUAUGAAGCCAACCAUUUAAAAAUACGGCACUUUUAUAUACAUUAUUGUAUAAACAUAUAUUUUUAGAGUCUAUUUGACUUGAGUCGAUUGUGCAUUGUUGAAACACUGAAUAUUUAGCAGGAGAUAGAUAUAAUGCUUAUUUAUAACUUCAAAUGGUUGAUGUAUGCUCCUAAUUUUCAGAUAGUAAACACUUGUAUCGAAUGCCUAGAAUGAUGAACAAAUAAAUAUGUAAAUAUGUACUUUACAGAGGGAUUCAGUAUGUGCUUUUGGAAUCAAUUGCAACCUAAAAGUUUCUCUUUGACAAUCAAUACACCAAAACAAACAUAACUCGCGAACUGGUGAAUAUAUAUAUAUUCUUUGUUAAAACAAAGAAUAUAUAUAUAUAUAUAUUCUUUGUUUUAACUAAAGGUUGUCAUCAUAUUUUCAUUAAAAGUUCACAGUUUAGUAAGUAUGCCAGUAUAGUGUCACAAAAAGUCAUUUCAAUCUCAUAGUAUGG